AUGGCUUCAUCUUCUUCCUCUGCUCCAUCUUCUCAAUCUCCAAAGAAAUAUGACGUUUUUAUUAAUUUCAGAGGUGAGGACACCCGCUUCAACUUCACAGGCCACUUUCAUGAAGCUCUUUGCAGAAACCAAAUAGAUACAUACAUCGACUAUAGACUUGAGAAAGGAGAUGAGGUGUGGCCAUCUCUUGAGAAAGCCAUUGAAGAUUCAACUCUGUUCAUAGUGAUAUUCUCAAAAAACUAUGCAUCUUCCACGUGGUGCCUGAAGGAGCUUGCAAAAAUAUUAGAGUGCUCCAAAAAUCAAGGUUGCUUUGUUAUGCCGGUGUUCCACAGAGUGGAUCCUUCACAUGUGAGGAAGCAGUCUAGGAGUUACCAAAAAGCAUUCGAAGAACAUGAGCGCAAAAGAAGCAUUAACAAUCAACAACUGCAAAAGUGGAGGGAGGCUCUUACUCAAGCUGCCAAUUUGUCUGGUUGGCAUUGUAGCUUCAAUAGGGAUGAAGCGGAGCUAAUUAAAGAAAUAGUGAAUUGUGUCACGCAAAAGUUGGGCCCUAGGUAUCGAAGGGAAGAUUAUCUAGAAGGCUUGAUUGGAAUUCACAAAAGAAUGGCCGCUAUAGAAUCAUUGUUGGGCAAAGUUUCAAAUAAUAGUGGUUGCCAAUUCAUUGGAAUUUGGGGCAUGGGCGGUUUGGGCAAAACAACUCUUGCAAAAGCAUUGUUUAACAAGUUGCAUUUUACAUAUGAAGGGUCUUGCUUUUUGGCUAAUGUAAGGGAAGAAUCAAAGAAAAAUGGGACAGAUGCUUUGAGGGAAAAAAUUGUUUGGAAGUUAUUAGGGGAUAAAGAAUCUCACUUUGGCAAUGCCAUAUAUCCUUAUACCAUGAGUAGGCUUGGUCGGAAAAAAGUUUUCAUUGUGCUUGAUGAUGUUGAACAAUUAGAAAAUUUAGUUGGAAGACGUCAGUUUGGAUCAGGCAGCAAAGUCUUAAUAACAACCAGAGAUAAGCAAGUGCUUGGUAAGGAAGUGGAUGAUAUAUAUGUGCUUUAUUGUUUGGAUCCUGAUGAAGCUUUUCAACUUUUCUCCUUGAAUGCUUUCAAAAAAGGCUACAGUGAUCCAAAGAUAAGAGGGCUAGUAGAAAAGGUGACUGAAUAUGCAAGUGGAAAUCCAUUGGCCCUAAAGGUUUUAGGCUCCUUCUUGCACAGCAAAAAGCAAGAAGCAUGGAAAAGCCAAUUGGAAAAGCUUCAAAAAUUUCCUUGUCCAAAAGUCAAUGAUAUCCUCAGAUUGAGCUUUGAAGGACUUGAUGAUGAGGAAGAGAAAAAUAUUUUCUUGCAUAUUGCAUGUUUUUUCAAUUAUGAUUAUGAUGUUGAGAGUGUUAAAAAAUUGUUAGAUGCAUGCAGUUAUUCAAUCGAAAUUGGAUUGGCGAGACUUGAAGAUAAGGCUCUUUUAGAUAUUGAUAGAGGAAAAAUAUGUAUGCACAGUCUGAUAAAACAAAUGGGUAAACAAAUUGUUCGUGAAGAAUCAUUAAAUUAUCCAACAUGGUGCAACAUAUUUUGGAUUUUCAAGAAAAGUGUUGAAAUAUUGAAGAAAAAUAUGGGAAGUAUUGAAGGCAUGAUUAUGAACCUUUUAGAAGUUGAAGAGACGCGAGUAAUUAUUAAAGCAUUUCGUUCAAUGCCCAAUCUAAAGUUUCUCAGGGUUUAUGGAAAUUUAAAUGUUCAGCUUAUGAACAAGUUAAAUGCUUCUGGUAUGAUGUUUUUGUCAAGAAACCUCAUGCUAUUGGAUUGGGUAGGAUGCCCUUUAAAGACCUUGCCGACAACAUUCAAGGGUGAAAAUCUUGUUGAAAUAAACAUGCCCAACAGCAAAUUGACAAAACUUUGGGAUGGAGAGCAGAGCCUUUGUGAUUUAGUGCUAAGAGGUUGCAAAAACCUUACCAGCCUGACGAGCAACACCCAUCUCAAAUCACUGAGGAACCUGGACAUGACAGGGUGCUCAGGACUAUGCGAAUUUUCGGUUACCACAAAUGAAAAAUAUCGGUCUGUAUUGAAGCUCUGUGGAGCAGCCAUCAAUGGUGAGUUGUGCUCAUCAAGUGGACAUCUCAGCAAAAUUUAUCUUUUGAAUCUAGAAAAAUGCAAAGGUGUGACAAGUCUUCACAAAUUGGUUGACGCGCGCACCCUUCGGCGCCUUAAUGCUGAAUAUUGUAAUAAGCUAGCAUCAAAUCUACGUUCCACAUUUGAUGAGAUGCGUGCUUUGCAAUAUCUAGAGCUAACUGAUUGUAGUGAAUUAUAUGAAGUGCCUGACAACAUCAGCUUCUUGUCGUCAUUAGGUCAGUUAGAUCUCUCGAGGAGUAAUAUAGAGACUUUACCUUUAAGCAUAAAAAAUCUUUCAAGACUGGAGGUUCUUUUCUUAAAUGGAUGCGAAAGGCUUCGGUCUCUACCACAACUCCCUCCCUCUAUCCGUAGACUGAGCACCAACGACUGCCUGUCCCUUGAGACUUUACAUUCACCUUUAAUGAGUAGAGAUAAAGAGGGAAAACAUUAUUUUUACUUCAGUUUCAGAAAUUGCAUGAAGUUGGAUGGGCUGUCAAUCAAAGCUGUUGAGGCCACGGUGCUACUUUCCAUAAAUAAUAACAAAGACAUUGAUUACAGGGCUGCAAUGGAAUAUCCGGGAGAAAGAGUUGCAGAGUGGGUCAUGUAUAGGACUACGCAGUCUUUGGUGACUGUGGAUCUCAGUUCCAUUCCACAACCUUGGGAUGGCGCUUUCAUUUUCUGCGCCGUCAUUCCUAGAUCGUUGUCGAAGUGGACAAAUAUUAAUGCCAAAUUGUUUAUUGAUGGUCAAUAUGCUUGGGAGUCUAGAAGCGCACCUGUCUAUGGGCCCCUGUUGGUAAAUCAUGUUGUUCUUUGGUACGAUGCAGAGUUACGUAGACAAGUACAAAGGAAAAUUGAAGACAAGAAAAGACAAGCUCAAAGCAACACUUAUCAUCCAUUGAUUCGAAUUGAAUUCAUGUGGGAGGGUGAAGAUUUAGGAGAGAGAAAAGAGUGGGGGGUGUGGCCGACAUCUACAGUUGAAUAUCAAAAUUACAUCAAAAAAAUUCAAUUGGCAUCAUUGCAUCCACAUCGUAGCUCUAAUGCGACGCAAUCGGCCUCUCAAAAGCGCAAAUAUCACAGCCUACUUCGAUGA